AUGGAUAUCCUUCUUGUCAACAUUCACACAGUCGCAGAUUUGCAGGCGAAGCUGGGAAUUUUGGAGAGGUGGACUGAACAACAACGUGAAUAUCAGGAGAUGCUUGCAUACAUGAAGACCAAUAAAUUUUGGUGCGCAGUAGACAAGCUACAGAAACUAGUCAUGCAAUGGCUGUUUGAACUUUCCAAGGCCAAUAUGGCGGGUACAGGAUACAAGCUUCGCCAGAAAAUCAGCAAAGCAAUCAAAACUCGAGGGAAGGCCGUUCGUUCUGCAUUAGACAACUAUAAUGACCUUGCAGCUCGCAUGACGCCCCCGGCUCCCCAUCUCAAGUGGGGCAAUAUCCUUGAUUAUGCUUUCAUAUCCGACUUUGAACUUCUCAAACAUGCUUACUCUCAGCAGGACAUCACAAGGGAACCCUGGACCAUCCCUGGCAAUCGUGAGAUCAUGACGAAAUACUUCAAAGUCAAAUGUGCUCGCGAGGAGUUAGAGAGAUUGAAUGUAGAGAUUCGACACCUUCGCGCUUUCAUUGUUGAUGAGCAUGGAUUAAUGCAUGCUCAGCUUCAUCACUUACGUGGCAGUGACCCAUACCUGGUGGCAGAACUCAAAGCAGUAUGUCAUAGACGCCAUCAGGUAGAUGCUCUUCAUCUCCUCCGACUUGACGAUAUCGAGUCAUUACCAGGUUUCACAGGGACCCAUACCUUGCGAGGCGAGACUAACAUUGUUUUGGUACCACAAGAGCUUGAUAGCACAGAGGGUAUGGAGGAUCUUAUUGAAGAUGACGCUGUCCAAGAUGAAAUGAUUUGCCUUGGGGAGUUUUUUGAGAAUCUUAGCGUUGAAUAG